UGUGUGUGUGUGUGUGUGUGUGUGUCUUGUACUCUGCUUGGGGUCUCUGCUGUUAUUAAUUGAGCACAUGUAGCAUUACUGUUAGCAUUAAUGUUAGUGAGACAGUGAGGAAUUGUUUGAGCAUGAGAUCUGUAUACAGAUUGACUGUUAUUGACUGUAUUAGAGUGACAGUUCUGCCACCGUGUGGAGAGACAUGAAAACUACAACACUUACAAAUUGCCAACCAUGGUAAGUACUUAUGCAAAACAAGUUUCUGCGAUAGAUUUGUGAUGUGUAAAACAAAAUGAAGUGAUAAAUAAUGACAAACUGCACUUAUCAGAGUUAGCAAGAUCCCAUUUAGCAGACCGAUGCCACUUUGUGUGUGUAAACGAGGAAUUGUCAAAUCAAACAAAAUGACGGACUUCAGAGGAUGAAUGGAUGCCAACUCCAACCGUAUGCCAAAUGACCGGCCUCACUGAUCUCUGCCUGCAUCACCUCAUCUAAUGAUGGACUACACUCUUAUAAUGGAGUACAUCGACUCUCAGUGAAUUGCCAACAAAAGCUUCAUCAGCCACCUGUCGUGCACAGCGAGUCACGUGGUCAGAUGCGCAGAUUGGCGGUCUCUGAAGCGGAGGCGACUGAGACUCGUCCUCCGCCACCCGGAUUGAGGCGAGUAACCGCACCACCACAAGGACCUAUUAAGUAUUGGGAAUUGGGCGUGCCAACACUGGGUCAACAACUGACGUAUUUUUCUAAAUGAAAGAGUUUUAGAAUAUGAGACAAAGCUGAUACUUAAAUAAGACAUAAAUCAGCUCAAGUCUCAUGAGCUCUGUAAGAACAACCUCUUGAACCUCUUGUAAGAUUUCGUUUAUCUGUCUUUUCUAUUGCCAGGAGUUCUUUUAAUAGAAUAGGCCAACAGCUGUAGCCCCACACACACACACACACACACACACACACACACACACACACACACACACACACACACACACACUGGUGCUGUUAUAAAUACAGAAGUGUUUGUUUGAGUGUCUUCAGUCUCAGAGAUGGCCGAGAAAAAGAGCAGCAGCAGCGUCAGCUCUCGUCCUACUGUCAAGAGGAAAGAGAGAGCGGACAAUGAGGUAAAGAAAGAAGAAAAAUCUCCAAAAGAAGAAGAAAAACCUGCAGUGAAUGGAAAGAACGUGGCCGCGGAGAACAGUGAGGCCGCGGCGGCGAGUAACGGAGCCGCAGCAAACGGGGAAAAUGACGAGAAACCGGAACCCAUGGAGCUGCCACCGUUUGAAUCGAUCACGGGGGAUCGAAUGGACCCCUUCUUCUUCAAAUUCCAGUUCAAGAACGUCGAAUACUCCUCCGGGCGCAAUAAAACCUUCUUGUGCUAUCUGGUGGAUCAGGGUCCCGGUGCCGACGGUCUCCUCAGAGGCUACAUAGAAGACGAGCACUCGGGCGGUCACGCCGAGGAGGUAUUUUUCCAACAAAUCCUGCCCAACUACGACCCCGCCCUCAAAUACACCAUCACCUGGUACAUGUCGUCCAGUCCGUGCGCCGCCUGCGCCGGCAAACUGGCGGACAUCCUGAAAUCUCUGAAAAACGUGAAACUGGCAAUCUUCUCCGCGCGGCUCUUUGAGUGGGAGGAGCCAGAGAUUCAGGCGGGGCUAAAGGCACUGGUGGGCGUCGGCUGUAAACUGCGCAUGAUGAAGCCGCUGGAUUUCUCGUACACCUGGGACACGUUUGUCGAGAGCGACGAGCAGCAGUUCAUGCCGUGGGAGGACUGUCAGGAAAAUUACGAGUACUAUCAAGAGAAACUGGCCGAUAUACUUCAGUGAUAAAGAGUAAGAGAAGUUACAAGCUACUCGUCAUUUAAAGUAGUCAAACGACUCUUAGUUGCUAAUAAAAAGUAGCCAAGUCCAUUGAAGUUCCUCAUGGUGGCAAUAUCUUUUAAAUGAUAUAACUAUCCGCUUUCAUAAGCCAUAUUUUUCCAGCACAAUGGCAAUAAGGGUUGUUGAAUAAAUGACAUCAAUUAUGGUGACACCAGCCCGUCUGGCACCAACAAUCAUCCAUUUGAUUAUCUAAUCGGCCAAUCGUGUGGCAGCAGUGCAUAAAGUCAAGCAGAUACGGGUCAGGAGCUUCAGGCUGUCAAAGCCAAGGUGAUAUACCUGCAGGCCGGAGACCUCCAAAUGGGUUUGGAAUCUCUGAAAGAGGGCGGAGUUACCAACCGACUACAUUUUAUAUGAAAUUGUUUCCAACUGAUACUUUUAGUAAUUCAUUAAAAAUAUAGCAUUGAUAUUUACCAUGUCUCCGUUCGCCAUCUUGAUUGAAAAGGUGUAACUCAUUACCAUGAUUUUUGGGCUAGUCUUAAUGCUGUUGAAAUGAGGCAUCAUUAGAGGGUAGACAGACAAAUGGGUUUUAAGACGCAUCCAUUUUCUCUCUCUUAUGGCGGACAUCAUGACACACUGUACGGUGUAGUGUCGAGUCAGCGGGCUCAUUUGAUGACUCGGGUUUCAAUUUUUUGGCAAGUGCACAAACUCAUUUCAACGUCUGGUCAACAUGUUCAGAGAAUGAUUAUGAUGAGACGUGCCACUGAGAGAUGAAUGGGUGAAAUCAACACUCAAUAAGGCGGUUGCAGGAAUGCUCUACAGCGCACAUUAGCAAGACUAGCCUGACAAACGUUUAGCAUGAACUAAAGAACCAUAAUUUAUGAUACAGUACUGAUGUCAUCUGACGUUUACUGAUAUAUGUUAUUGAAAAUGUGACAUUUUAACCAACCGUCAAAAUCUGCCGUAAUAAUAUUAUAUAUCAAUAUUAUUUUCCAUUUUCAUUGAGUUUUAUUAACCAACAUCAGUCCUGAUCAAAACUACCAAAUAUUCAUUCAUUUUCAGGAUUUUAACCCAUUAAAUGCCAGUUUGUUUACACACACACACACACACACACACACACACACACA